AAAUCAAUUCCAAGUGAGAAUAACGAUCAAUUUCCCCCGAUAAGCCUAAAAUUAGCCUCAUUUGCCCCGUGUUGGGGCAUUUGCAUUGCAUAAAACCUUGCCAUUGAUAAAAUUGGGGGUGGCAUGGCGGAGGCGCGCCCGCCGCUCCUAGCCGUGGUGCGGCAAAAACAGUGUAAAGAGAAGCGUCGCGACGCCGACACGCUGUCUCGCGAUGGUGCGCGUCUUUCCCGGGCCCUAGUGGCUCCAAAACAUUCACAAAAAAACACAAUAUUGGCGAAAAAAUGAGCACAAUUCGGGCGUUCUAUUCCCAAAAGGUUAAUUUUAGAUAAUCGAAAUGUACGAGCCGGUGGAUCGAUGUGUCACCACUAUCCUUACUCCAAGCUAUGAGAGUAAGGAUUUUGAGAGGAUGGACAAGCCACCGGAGAAGCCGCCGAGGAAAAAUAAGCUAAAUAAACAGCUGAAAGAGGAGUCGAAUGAAGAAACCAAAAACAAUAGAAUGAAACCGGGUGACACUUGCGUCGACAUUGACCAAAUCAAUCUCGAAGCCAACAACUACAAGAACAAAUUCACUAACGCCUCCGUCCAAACUUCCCCCCUUAUUCCAUACAGACUCAGGUUUUGGCCGAAAAACUGCGAUUUUAAAUGUGCUCCGGAAGACAGUUGCUGCAGCAAAGUGGGACUGGUGUGCUGCUGCCGAAUCAUAAGUCAAUGGGUGCUGUCCCAAGUGGGCCUUACCAUCGUGGUGGUGCUAUGGGCCUUGCUGGGCGCCUUCGCCUUUUACAAGACCGAAGGGCCUCGCGAACUCGCACAAUCCGAAAACUUAGCCAAACUCCAACGCAAUCUCUCCGCGAACUUAGCCAGCGAAUUGGAGAAAACGCCACGUGAAAACUGGAAAUUCACGAUCGAUAAAUAUUUGCAAAAGCACGAAACGAAUCUUCUGGAGGCUGUCAGUGCCGGCUUUGGCGAAGGCGGUGGAGGAAGCAUUUGGACAUAUCCUGGAUGCAUCCUGUUCGCCGUGUCUUUAUUGACAACGCUCGGGUUCGGUGCCCCCGUGCCCCGGACGUCCCUCGGGCGCGGCUCCGCCGUGCUCUUCUCGGCCAUCGGGAUCCCCCUGCACUUCCUCCUCAUUCUCAACAUGGGCAACCUGGGGGCGGUGCGCCUCCAGCAGCUCGCAUUCGGCACUUCCUCCGACGUACCUACCUCCGAGCGCCCCCGAUGGCUCAAAUGGUUCCCUUUCUUCGCCAUUUUAUUCUACUAUCUCAUGGGGGUUGUGCUCUUCGGCUUUGUAAGGGGCCGCGACCCCAUAGACUGUUUCAUGUUCCCGUUAGAUUUCACCGCCGCCGGGGGCGUCGCCACAACUUACGGACACGUUAGAGUCCUUUACGCGUUGUACCUGGAAUUUGCUGUCACGUUAGCGGCCCUAGUCUUGUCUCUGACCCAGGCUUCCGCAACGAGGGGCGUUGUCGACAUCGGCCUCAAAUUGGGGCUCUUGACGAACACUUGAGCUGUGUAGGAAGUGCCUUAGUAGUCGCGCUGCACUUUGGUUUGAUAUACAUAUCACUUCCGGGGGGCCGGAGAGUAAGGGUGCGUCAGGGCGAUUGAAAAAUAUUAAAGUAACCGAAGGUUUUAUUGAGACAAGUAAAGUGUGUAGGGGGUUGCUUAGAGGUAUGUACCCCACACUUUUUUUCCAUAAAAAAUAUGCAUAAAAGACACCCCAUAAUUACAGUUGGUUUAAAUUAAAAUUUCUAAUAAACAAGUCACAAAGUCAAUGACUCGUGUGGGUAAUUCGAAUGUCUGUGAUGCAACAUCGCGCUGAUGUAGCCUUAUCAGGACUGCCUUAAUGCGAAUUAAACAAAACUUUAGAUUCUAGUCGGUUUAUUCUUUCUUUAGAAUAACAUUUUAAUAUAAAACUAGUUAACAAAACAGUUAUGGCAUUUUAUUUCUUUUUGCUUCUUCAGUGUCGCUAACAUUUUCAUUAUCAACAUCUCUAUCUACAACUUUCUUAGUGUUUUUUUGUGAGUGAUUUUCUUUGGCGGUUUCGACUUUCUUACCUUGUAGCACUAACCUAAGGGCUUCUAAAAGUUCUUGUUUGUCUUUCGAGACAAAAAUUUUGCUACCUAUAAAAAUAUAUUAAUGUUAACAAAAAAUGACAAAAAUUCUAUUGUAUAGUCUAUUUAUUUAGUAACUUAACUGUUAUAUACAAAUAAAAAAAUCAAACUA